CAGCAUCCAAACAAUCCAUCACUACUCACUUCCAUCUUCACCAACCAACUUUUCAACACCGCAACCAUGCAGUUCUACACUAUCGUAUCUAUCUUCCUCGCCGGCACCGCCUACGCCCUGCCUGCUACCUCUCCCAACGGCUACGAGGCUUGCCCUAGCGGUGGCCUCUUCGGCAACCCUCAGUGCUGUAGUCUCAACCUCGUCGGUGUCCUCUCCGGUGACUGCCGCUCUCCUACCGAGACUCCCACCAAUGCCAAGGAAUUCGAGGCUAUCUGUGCCAAGUCUGGCCAGCGCGCCCGCUGCUGUGCCGUCGCUGAGGUUCUUGAGCUGGGUGCUUUCUGCCAGAAGCCUGUCGGUGUUUCUGCUUAAGUGGUUUGUGGGCUUAUCACUUGCCAAUCGGCGCGGAGUUAUCCGAAGUUGUCGGCGUGUGUAGUAAUACUUGGGGGGGAUACUGA